ACAUAUGAAACCCUAAUCCCAUUUCGUGUUUCUACGGCGAAACCAGAGAAGGAGAGAGAGCAACAACCACAAUGACGACCAGAUUCAAGAAGAACAGGAAGAAGAGAGGCCACGUCAGUGCCGGACACGGUCGUAUCGGAAAACACAGAAAGCAUCCCGGAGGUCGUGGUAACGCCGGAGGUAUGCAUCACCACCGUAUUCUCUUCGACAAGUACCAUCCAGGUUACUUCGGUAAAGUUGGUAUGCGUUACUUCCACAAGCUUCGUAACAAAUUCUAUUCCCCAAUUGUCAACAUCGACAAGCUUUGGUCACUUGUUCCUGAAGAUGUUAAGGAAAAAGCUGCCAAAUCUAAGAACACUGCACCUGUUCUUGAUGUUACUCAACAUGGUUUCUUUAAGGUUCUUGGUAAGGGUGUUUUGCCGACUAAUCAGCCUCUUGUUGUUAAAGCUAAGUUGAUUUCUAAGAUUGCUGAGAAGAAGAUUAAGGAAGCUGGUGGUGCUGUUAUUCUUACUGCUUAGGUUUUUUUCAAUUUUCAAUUUUAUGUCGUUUGUUUUUUCCUAGAUUUGUAUUUGAGAUUAUGUUGGUUUUGUUUUGGUUUAAAUUUGGGAAACCACAAUUUUCAGGAUAAUGAUAUUAUAUGCUUUUGGGACAUAGUUGGUUGUUUAUGAUUCUGAGUUUGAGUCAUUAGUUUCAUCCAUUAUGCAAUGUGUGUUACAAGUGUUGUGAAAA